AUGAAUUACGAAAUCAAAGCAUACAAUUCUUGGAUUGUGCGCGGUAUUUUGAAACAGCGUGAUAACAUGGAAGUAAUCCGGAAUGAAUGGGAUCAAAUUAUAAAUGCGCAAAAGUUUAAAGCUUCGGUUUUUUAUAAGGUGCUGAUUGAUGAUGGCACAAGGGUGCUUUGGGGAAAAUUGAUAAAGUUCAACAAGGCCCGACCGCGUGCAAUUUUUUGCUUAUGGCAAGCUUGUCAUGGGAAGCUUGCGACCAAGGAUAGGCUGAAACGUUUUGGGAUGAUUGAGGACAACAUCUGCAACUUAUGCCAGACUGAGGAUGAAACACUGAAUCAUCUUUUUCUCCUGUCAAGAGAUAAGACACAUAUGGAAGGAAGUGCUUAA